GGGGUCACUGUCACUUGGGGGAAUCACUGUUAGUACCUUCUUUAAUAUCCCUACAUAAGGGCCCUGUAGAAACAAGACAUGGAGACAGUCUGCCCCAGAAAGCUCUGACUUGUCUUUGUAUAUUUCAUGAGAAUCAAGGAUUUAAGCACUUUAAGGGUUGUUAUUUCAUUUGCUGCUUAACGAGGACUGAUUUAUUUUUUUCAUCUUCAGACAAAUUUUGCCUGAGGUGGUGGUGAUAAGAAUAUUACACUUAAUGAAGGCCUACAGGAAAGUAUAGAAUGUCUCUGUAAUACAGCAGUUUAUUGAAGCAAUGGUACAAAAAGGCUUUGGAAAGGGAUUGUAUUUGGUAAAUAAAACCUGAGGGUCCCCUGGGGCCCUAUGGUUCCUCUUAAAGUAGUGGAAUGUUAACCUAAUCUCUUCCCAUUGGCCAGGGAUGUUUGUCCAGAUGUCUAGCUUUUCCAUAAAAGAUAAGUAUUACCAGACUUGACAUGCAUUUGAGAGAGAAGUGCUAGCAAAGAACAUUGAUAGAAAAAUGACACUAACUAUUGAUUUGGUUAUACUAUUUUUAUGCCUUGGAGUUGUAUAUCCUGGCGUGACUGGAAUUUUUAUGGACAAACUUGCCAGCAAAAAGCUCUGUGCUGAUGAGGAGUGUGUUUACACCAUUUCCCUUGCCAGAGCAGAAGAUGAUUACAACGCACCAGACUGCAGGUUCAUUAAUAUUAAAAAAGGGCAGUUGAUUUAUGUUUAUUCAAAACUAGUGAAAGAGAGAGAAGCUGGAGAGUUCUGGGCUGGAAGUGUGUAUGGUGAGCAGUAUGAAGACCAGAUGGGAACAGUUGGCUACUUCCCUAGCAGUUUAGUCUCUGAGCAGUAUGUUUAUCAAGAAGCUAAUAAGACAAUCCCUACAACGGCCAUUGACUUCUUCUGUGAAUAGUACCGGUAUGUGGCUGGGUCAUCACCAGGCGGAUACCAAGAGACUCUGAUGGAUAUAAACCUGAAAACCCAUGGCUGACUACUCCGAAUUCUUUCUUUCUUUCUUGUUUGUAAAAUAAUACGUUUAUUUCUAAAUAAGAAUUUGUUGAAAGGGAGUGAUUGCUGGGGAAAAAAGUUUAAAACCUUAGAUAUAAACCACAUGGCAUAUGCUUUGAAAGUCUUUCUACCUGAAAUUACUUUGUUAUAUUCAUUGGUAAGUUAGCACGCUUUAAACUACUGCAUUGUCAUAUUCAAAGUUAUCUAAUAUUUGAGGUAAGACUUUAAAUAUCUUAUGUUGCAUUUAUUUUCUCACUAUACAAGCACAUUUUAUGUUAUUGAAUAAAAUUACAUUACAAGUGCACAAAGCUGUGUGUGAGACACAAACAAAAGUAAGGAAAUUUACGGUGUAUGGGGAAAAUCAUGUCUACGUCAAUACUAAGUAUUAAAG